GCAUGAUUUGAACACAACAUUCAGAAAAGGCGAAACGUGCGUUCACGGACUAAUCCUUAAAAUGUUCGAUUCCAAUCCGAAGUUUGUAUGUCAUCUUCUCGGCUCAUGAUGUUGGAUGCUGAAUGCGAUGCUGCGAGUUUUCGAUUGGUUCACAGCGGCGUCGCUCAUCGGACUGACAAUUUUUUUAAGACCUACUUGCAGCUCGAACCAGCUGAUGAUACCCAGGCAGUGAACGCGGAGCUUGGGAAGAAGUGUCACAUGCAAUUUACGCCCCGUCAUCGGCGUUUUAUUGACCGAGGAUUCGCUCUCACCUCCGUCCAUUGAGUGAGUGAUUUUUCAUCAUGUCACGACGCAUAGGCCUGAUUGGGCUUUUUCUCCCCUCUGUCUCCUCACUCUCUCACACACACACGGCUCUUCAUUUUCCAAUCUCAUCCUCUCCAGUGUUCAUGACGCCUGCUUGAGCAACCUCACCUCACAUCUGUAAGGCACAGCUGAGUGGAACCUUCAAAAAGACUGAGAGAGGAAUAACCUGAAGAAAACGGGAGUCAUAAAUAAAAGAAAAUGACAUUUACAUGCACCAGAGCAGUAGCUUGAAGCAGCGGGGGACGUGAAGACAAAGAGGACUUACGAAGAUGGGGUGUGGUCAGAGGCUCACCGCAUUUGUCGUGGACUCUACAGUUGCCUCCAUCUCCAUCUCACGGAAAGAUUGUCAUCGCUAAAACGCAAGCGUCACAUUUCACCUGCUGGAGAAGCUCCACCAAACGGUGAUGUGAUGAAUAAGUUUGAAGUCCUUGGCAUUGUGGGUGAAGGCGCAUAUGGAGUGGUGCUCAAGUGCAGACAUAAGGAAACCAAUGAGCUGGUGGCUAUCAAGAAGUUCAAAGACAGCGAAGAAAAUGAGGAGGUUAAGGAGACGACCCUUCGAGAGCUAAAGAUGCUUCGCACACUGAAGCAGGACAACAUCGUUGAGCUGAAGGAAGCCUUUCGCCGCAGGGGGAAGCUCUACCUCGUCUUUGAAUACGUAGAGAGGAACAUGCUGGAGCUGUUGGAGGAACUUCCAAAUGGUGCAGCCCCAGAUAAAGUGCGAAGCUACAUCUACCAACUUAUCAAAGCCAUUAACUGGUGUCACAAGAAUGAGAUCGUGCACAGAGAUAUCAAACCAGAGAACCUGCUGAUCAGCUCUGAGGAUGUCCUCAAGCUCUGUGACUUUGGUUUUGCACGUAAUCUCUCUGAAGGAACCGAUGCCAACUACACUGAGUAUGUGGCCACAAGGUGGUAUCGCUCACCAGAACUGCUGCUUGGGGCUCCUUAUGGCAAGGCGGUGGACAUGUGGUCAGUGGGGUGCAUCCUCGGGGAACUGAGCGACGGGCAGCCUUUGUUUCCAGGGGAAAGCGAGAUUGAUCAGCUAUUCACUAUUCAGAAGGUCCUUGGGCCACUUCCUGCUGAGCAGAUGAAACUCUUCUACAACAACCCUCGCUUUCACGGAAUCAGGUUUCCCUCAGUUACGCAUCCUCAGACGUUGGAGAGAAGGUACCAAGGCAUUUUAAGCGGUUUGAUGUUGGAUCUUAUGAAGAACCUGCUGCUUCUCAACCCGACCGAGCGCUAUCUUACUGAGCAGAGUCUGAAUCAUCCAGCCUUCCAGCCUCUGAGGCAGGUGGAGAGAGAGAGGCCUUCACCCGCCUCGCCCAACCCUCCACGUUCUUCCAAGAGGAAAACACACCAUCAUGGAGAGAACACAGUCCCAACAAGGAGUCACACCAAGAGCUCAAGCCAGCGCCGCUCCAACAGCAAAGAAUGUUCAAGUCUCCCACGUCAUGGUGACCUCCAUCACCUUGGCAACGAGAGUUUCCUGAAUGGUAACAAACCCCCGUCGAGUUUAAGCCCGACACUUCACCCCAAGAGUCAGUACCUCUCCCAGACCCUCAAUCGCUCUGCCUCGUCCAGCAAAGAUCUGGCUAAUAACAACCUGCCGCACCUCCUCAGUCCUAAAGAAGUCAAAAACAAAUCCGAAUUUGAUUUCAAUGUGGGACCCUCGCCCAAGUUGCCAGAGCAAGGACACAGUGCGAAGUAUGGCCUCGGCAAGCCCAGCGGUUCCUCUCGCACUCAGCAGCAGCAACAACAGCAAGGUGGACGCCACACCUUCCUGGAAAGCAAGACCAACACGUUACAGUCAGGAGGAGACAAACAACACGGCAGACACACCCACAGUGUGGCCGACUCAGCCCACGGAUCCAUGUCGUCUUCGUCCAAAAGCUCCGCCUCUUAUCUCAGCCUGUCCAAGAGCCACAGCGCUCUAAGCGAUGCCAAAUCCGUAGGGAACCUCAGCGACGGUCGACUCCACCCUGACGACCUAAACUCCAACACGACAGCGGCAGUGGGACCCGGUACCCGUUUCUUCCCUGCCAGCUGUCUGGACCUCAAUGCCCCUUCGGGGGCCCCGGGGCCACCAGGCAGCCCCUCAGCACGACACAGUGAUCGCUCAGGGCACAGCCCCGCAUCCCGUAGCAGCAGCAACGUCCGCAUGGAGAGCAGCACACUCGACUCCUCCUCCAGGCACAAGUCCAGACAGAAAUCUUUGGUUCCCGAGGAGGCCAAGGCUCCAGAGCUCUUAGACCCAGGGGGCGCAGGGAUGCCCUCCACUCACACGCUGCCCUCCCCACACGACUCGUACCAUUAUGGCUUGGGUUAUUCGUCCCCCUUCUCCUCUCAGCAACGGCCUCAACGGCACUCCAUGUACGUGAGGAGAGAGCGCCACCGACCUCAUGCCGUAGAAUCCGGGAUGGCGGGCUUGCCCCCGCCGGGCCAGGCGAUUCCAACGCGAGCUUCUAGUCUGCAGCUUCUCUCCCCGCAACUUCAGCACCGGACCGCACUCGCUGGGCACUCAGUGAGCUCCUCCAGGGAAGACUGCACGGAUGGCAUGAGCAGGAGCGAGCAGUCCCCGAAAGACAUGAGCCACCCUUGCGCCCCCAUCAAAGAUUCAACGAGGGACAACACUGCUGCUUUUCAUACCCAGCGACCGCCUAAAAAUGAGGUCGGUAUGUAUCACGACCCUCAUGGAGAGGAUGGAGUGUCCUCCAAGGAAAACCGGAUGAUUUUCACUGAGUCCAUGCCUCGGAGAGUUGGUAGCUUUUACCGAGUACCAUCGCCCAGACCAGAUAACUCCUCAUCUUUCCAUGAGGGUGUUGGGCAGGGUCGAGGACCGGUCGUACCCGUUGUUCCUGGCAACCCCGUUACCAUGGCUAACCACUCCAAACGCCAGACUGCCUUUGAGUGGAGUGCUGCUGAAGCAAUGGUGAUGAAUCCUCCAGAGCCCACCAAAGAGAAAGAAAAACAAGGCUUCUUCAGAGCCAUCAAAAAGAAAAAGAAGAAGACGCAAAUAACGGACAUGGCGGACGGGAGGAACCCUAGUAUCAGGAAAAGCCUCUUCCCGCUCUUCAGCUCCAAGAACAGCCUAAAGCACAACUCAGCUGUCAAAGUCCUUCCUGUGGUGCCCUCGCCGAUGCUACAACAGCAGCCUCCUCCGCCGCCAUAUCCUGCCACAACAGGACCUGGGACUGCACAAGAGCAUAUGUCCCUGCAGAGGGGCGCCAAGUCAUCCUCACACCACGGAAGCCGUCGGAAAAACCGAGAGCGUUCCCGAGACAGAGACCGCGAACGAGAGCAGAGCCGAGACCGGGAACGAGACAGAGACAGAGAACGAGAAAGAGGAAGAGAGAGAGUGAAUGAAUGGCCGACAGAAAAGGCAAUGGACUCACAUUCUCAGAGCCAACCACUGAAGUCCCUUCGCAGGCUCCUUCACCUCUCCCCUUCUCCAAACCAAGGCCAGCCUCCUCCUCCUCCUCCCGCAGACCUGCGCUUCCAGCCCCCUCUCCCCAACCCUCCUCAGACCUCCUCCAAAGCGGCCUACACCGAAAGCCGGGGGCACACAGAGAGCCGGGGCCACUCCGGGGCAGGUGGCUCAUCCCAGGCCAAGAGCCGCAAGGCCAGCUACCCGCUGCCGGGCCAGCUUGAGUCCGCCUGGCAUGUGUCGGCGCUGCAGCGGGCCGAAGGCGCGCAGUUCACGGCCGAACAGCUGGGCAUCAAACCGGGACCGAACGGACCCACCUUUACCCGUGCCUCCCGCACCAGAAUGCCAAACCUCAAUGACCUGAAGGAGACUGCGCUCUAAACACCCACCUCAAACCGUACCACCUCUGCUACGGCUCAUUGUGGACGCACCAGCCGGAUCGAAGAGGACGCCGUCUGACUUUAGUUACAGUUUACGUGAAAGAGUCUUGCACUCAUUCGGCGUGAUGAGCUGGGACAAUGCCACAAACAAGCUCUUGCAAGGGGGCCGGCCCCAUGGAAAGCCCUUUGAGUAUUUAUUCCAAAUUCUUGAUAUCCAGCUUAGGGUCCAGUUCUAGGGUCUAGUUUAGGGUCGAUAUAGUAGUAGUCUUCUCUUUGUCCUCACUAGUAAGAUAAUUCAGCACAUUAGUAGAAGGGUUGUCUUUUUCCACAACUCAUGCCAUGUUUGGCCUACUGGUAUGCAAUGAAAUCAUACUACUAAAAAAAUGUGCUGCACUAGUAACGCUUCUCCCUAGUAGGCAUGUGUCACAUGUAGCCUCCUAUACCCUAUUAGUCGCACCAAAAUACCCAUUAGUAGUGUUGCCUUACUAAUAACAUGUGGUUGUCUGGUAUGUAGAAAUCUCAUACAGUGGCGCAAGACAAUAGUGGUGGGUAAAACUUUACUAGGAGAAACAGUCAUUCUACUAAUGCGCCCUACUGGUUCUACUACAGCAGAGGUGUCAAACUCUGGUCCUCGAGGGCCAAUAUCCUGCAUGUUUUAGAUCUUUCCCUCCUCCCACAUACCUGAGUCAAAUGAUCAGCUGAUCAAGCUCUGCAGGAACCUGAUAACAAUCCUGAGCCUUUGAAUCAAGUGUAGUGGGGGAGGUAAACAUCUAAUACCGGUAGAUGCAGGAGAGAAGCCUUCGAGGACCGGAGUUUGACACCUGUGUCCCAGAGCGCUGAAUUGAAUGAAACCCCAUUUGAGCAUUUACUGUAUUUGGUCAAUAUCCUUGUUAUCUAUCUUAAAGUCCAUGUAUUAGUAUGUUCUUUGUCCUUAUUAGUCAGAUAAUUCAGUUUCGCGCAACUAGGGCGCACUAGUAGAAUGACUGUGUAUUACUAUUACUAGUCAUUGUUUUGGUACUACUGCCUUCCACUACCGACAUCAAUGCCACUGGGGUCCAAAUGGCUUCUCGUGUGUGACACAUGCCUCCUAAUUGGUACAAGAUGUGCGACUUUUGAAGCACAGGAGUUUAAUAGAAGGGUUUGAUAUAUAGCAUACUUGCCAAAAGUGGCACUCAUAAUGGAACUAAUUAACUAGUAAGACACAGUCAUUCUGCUAGCACGCUGAAUUGUUUGGUAGUGAGGACAAAGAGCACAGAAGGACAUGAACCGUAAACUGGAUAUGAAGACAUUGGACUAAAUGCCGAAAGUUUUUUUUUUCCAUUGGUCUCACCCUUUCAGGAUUAUUAUUCUGCCUGGAGGAGUAGAAACUUCCUCUGCUCCCACCUCCCCGUCACGGAACUCUACUGCAGCACAUUUGCUCCUCCUGGUGGUCACUAAAGCAAAUGUUUUUUCAAAUAUUUGAUAAAAUAGAGAGAGAGAAAAAGAUUUAUAUGAAGAAAGUUUAUUGUUAUUUGUUUCACAUACGAAGAUAUAAGCUAUAGUUAUAUCUCUAAUAAGAUAUAUGGGAUUGUUAAAAGGAUAUACAGUGUUAAAUGUGUAAUUAUAAGAGCUUUACUUUGACACAGAGAUGAAUAGAUAUGUAUGUGUUGACAAUACAAUAUGUCACAAAGAUUAUGUAAUGGUGAAUGUCCUUUUUUGUUCAGUUUAAUAUGGUAUAAACAGAUUUUCAUAUUUUUUUUCACUUUUCCGUUUCUUUCCGAGAAACGAUGAUUACCCUACAUGGGAGCAAAAAUAUGUCGUAUUACAGGUGUCGUUCAAGAAUAUACGUGUCCAGCAGUUAAAAGCAUUUUGAGGCUGUUUGUCAACAGCUCUCCUCUUCCUUGCUGCUACCUUUGAUUUUUUUGGUAUCAAGAAAUUGUUAUUGUGAAAAGUGAGCAUCUUGGAAUGAAGAUAAAAAACGUGGAAUCUUAACACGAGUCAUUUGCCACUUUUAAGAUCUUCUAGAAAUAAUGUGAUGAUAGUGUGUGUCAUAAAACCCCAUGGAAAGGCUUCAAACAAUAAUUAUUGCAUCCCAGUCUCACUCAAACUUCCAGUGAACAGCUAGUCGCUAAUACUAGCAACCGCAUGUUGGUGACAGUUCUGUCUUUGUCUGCUGACUACAACGCAACAGACACAUUAAUUUUUUUAAAAUGAGUGUUUAUUUUCAAUUAAUUGAUACUUAUUUAUGGCUUAAGAAUUGUUUUGAACUGUCAUAAUCAGGGGUAAUUCAUAUUUUUAAUGAAUAUUUAGAUAGAUAGCUGGCUAGCUAGCUAGCUAGCUAGCCAGAUAGAUAGAUAGAUAGAUAGAUAGAAAAAGAAUACACACUACUGUUAAAUGUCAGGUUUUCGUGAUUUAAAUUAUAGAUUCCCCCCCGCCCCCAAGAUUUUUUUUUAUUGUCAAUUUAGUUGUGUAGGCUAUAGGUCAUUUAAUCGUGAAAAAAAAAAGUUUUUGAAAUGAUUUAUCUUGGCCUCAUUUUUUUAAAAGUUCUAAACACCUGACAUUUGGACAGGGGUGUGUAGGCUUUUUGUCUCCAUGGUAGAUAGACUGAUUUGUCCAAAAAAAAAAAAAAAUUGAAACAAAGCAAAAGGCUAAAUAAACUACUAUAUUAAGCUACUUGGAUGAUUUAAAGCAAUAACAUUAAUUGACUGACUGACAGAACUGAUUGAUUGAUGUCAUCACUUGUUAAAUAAGUGUAAUUGGAGCCUAAUAUCAGUCAAGAGGGAGACCGUUUUUUUCGGGUGUGCAUUGAAUAUCUUCGUAAUUUUCCUUGAGCUGCCUCAUCUUGUGGUUAUGGAAAACAAUGAUUGUAUUUGAUUUGUUUACAUCUUCACUAGAAACAGUGUUGACAUAGUUUGCCUUGCCUGUGACCUGAAGCCUUACAUUCGCUCAUUACUGACAUGAAAUCAGAGGCUUCAACCCCCAAACACUUCACAUACCUUCAUUGAUUCUUUCUGCUCUCGACUAUGAAUGUGUUUCCAAGAGCAGCACUUCAUUGUUUUCUGUACACAGAUGCCCUCUUCUUACAAGGUGUAAAUAGAAGUAAUAGAGUGUAUCUAACACCGACCAGUCUACACUAAAAUGAUAUCAUAAUAAAAAUCUUUUUUUUUUAA